AUGGCCGACUAUAGAACUACAAAGGUCUAUCGAGAACGCCGCGAAAACGAUUCUGACGACGAGCGCUUCAAGAGCACCACUGUGACCCGAUACAAAGUCAACCAACCCCGAGUAGAGCGAUACGACCGUGUUGAGAAGUUUGUUGAGAUGGACGACGAACGCCGCUCACGCUACUCUGGGCCUGGCGAGCGGGAUUUUGUCGAGUAUGAGCGAAGAGAGCGAGCAUAUGUCCCGGACAGGCCACGCUCGGCCGUAGACGUCGAGGCUGAUCGCUCCCGCACCGUCUUCUAUGAGCGUGAUGUCGAGCGCCGGGAGACGGAUCGCGACUGGGAGAGGGAAAGACGCCCUCGCCACCAUGAGGAAGAUGUGCGAGUGGAAAAGAGAGUCGAGGAGCGCUUUGACGACGGCCAUGGCCAUGAGGUCGAUCGCUAUCGCAAAGAGACUGAGUAUUACCGCGAGCCAGAUCAUACGUCUUCUCCCGUCGUGGUCCGCCAACGGGCUCCGGACCAGAAGAUUAUUGUCCAGGAAGCCCCCCCGCAGCAGAUAGUCAUUCCCCGGCAGGAUCCCAGCAUCAUUGUGCUCAGAGAGAGAGAGGGCGACCGAGAAGUCGCUCGCCCCGCUCCUUACGAUGAAGAGUAUUAUUACCGCCGCGAAAGACGAGAGAUUGGCCCCUACAAAGGCGAUCGCCGCCCGCGACGGGACGACUACCACAGCGACGAGGAUGACUAUUACUACUCUCGUCGCACCACUCGUCGCGAGCGAAGCCAGAGCUCAGAUCACCACAAGCGCCAUCUAGCUGAGGGUGCCCUUGCCGGCGCUGGCAUCACUGCUCUGCUCUCCAGUCGCCCCAACGAGUACGGAGAGAUUUCGGAGCACCGUGGUAAGAAGGUUCUUGCCGGUGCUGCUCUGGGAGCCAUCGGAACCGAGGCCAUCAGACGAGCCCACAGCGCCUAUGAAGAGCACUGGGGUGACGGCAAUGAAUCCCCCGAUCGCCAUUCGACGCUCAAGAAAGGUCUGGGAAUCGCCGCCGUUGCCCUCGCCGCAGCUGGUGCCGUCAAGUAUCACCAAGCCAGCAAGGCUGAAAAGGAGGAGAGGCGCCGAGGACGAAGCCGAAAUCGAGGAUACUAUUCAUCUGAUGAAGACUACUACUCUGAUCGCUCUCACUCGCGCAAGCCCAGCCGCAAGCGCAGUCUCUCCACCCUGGCCAAGGCGGCCAUCGGAACCGCGGCGACUGCUGGUAUCGUGAAGCAUUUUCGUGACAAGUCAAAGUCGCGAUCCAAGUCACGACACUCUCGACAUGGCAGCAGAUCCCGCAGCAAGUCCGCGCUUCGCCGUGGCGCCGAGCUUGCUGCCGGCGCUGCAGCAGUAGGCGUGGCUGGCAAGAUGUGGAAAGAUCACCAUGAUAAGAAGAAGGAGAGGGAGAGAGGGGAAUCGGCCUCUCGUGGAUACAGCGAUGAAGAUCGCGAGUACGAUGGACACAACUCACACAGCUUGAUUGAGUACGGGCACGAUCCCCUACCACCCGAUCCGCGCUCUCCAACUGGCCAAGGAUAUGAAUCCGAGGCCGAGGAAAGGCGGCGAAACCGACGGAGAAGACGUGAAAGAGACCCAUCUUCUUCUUCUGAGUCCGACGAGGAGAGGAAACGAAGCAGAAGUCAGCUGCGAGACAUGGCUGCCGCAGGCGCUGCGGCGGCGGGAAUCAAAGAAUACAAGGACAGAAAGGAAAGAGAGCGUAGGGAAGAAGAGAGACGGGAAGAGAAGCGAGAGGAGAGGAAAGAGGAUAGAAAGGAGAGACGGUCGAAGGAGAGGCGCUCGAGGGAGCGCGAGGAGCAAGGACAACGCUACCCCAAGGUCCCUUCAAACGGAGCCUACUUUGAAGACCAAAACAGGCCGCAUUCACCCCCAAAUGCCUCCGGCGGCGCCUACUACGGGGCUCCCCCUUAUCCCACAACUCCGGGAUCCAGCAUCCCUGGAAAUGUCCCCCCUCCCCCAGCACCUCCCCCAGCUGCCGGGCCGCCGCCGCCUCCGGCUAAUGUUCCGCCGCGCGAGCACUCCUACACGCCGUAUACUGACCCCACUGUGCCGGAACCUCGUGAGUACCACCCCUAUGUGCCUCAAGAUUACCACGGGUACGCGCCUCCACCUCCACCGGCUGGUCCCCCGCCACCUUCGGGACCGCCGCCUCCUGGUAACUCUUCAGGAGUGCCAGGAUACGCCCGCCCGCCAGCUGGACCCCCGCCUUCGGGCCCGGCUCCUCCCCCUGGACCUCCCCCUCCAGGGCCACCGGCGGGCGGUAGCUUCCCGCAAGAUUAUGUGAGUGACCUCUCCAGAAACAAGAAUCCACCUGAACAGAAGGGCGGACCAUCUGAGGAGGCCAUAAAACCGCUCAAGCAGCUGCCGCCGCCUCGCAUCGAGAUUCCCCCACCUGGGUUUCCCCUUGGUAGAAGAAAGUCUGUGUCGUUUGGGCCGCUUUCUCCGACGAGCACUAUAACGAUGAAGAGGCAUAAAAAGGAGCACGAACUCAGAUCCGAAUCAGACAGUUCGGAGUCUGAAGGCAGAUCUAGUGAUACACGCCGUGAAAACCAAUUCAACCGAUCAAAUCGCCACCGUCGACAAUCAUCCGAUACCACUCACGAUCGUUCCCCUAACCGUGGUCAUGAGGGUAGGCAUCGGAGACAUCAUUACUCGGAUUCUGACGAUGAAGUCGAAAAUUUGCCUGACCGUUUCGACUCACAUGGGAGACCAUUGGACGGUGGGCGCCAUGGCAGGAGCCGGCUGACUACUAGAAGCGGCGAAUUUCAUCGUUUGGCGGACCGGCCUGGUGGUCUGAGCAUCCACGGUGGGUGGCAGCUUGCUGGUACCGACCCUGAGCAAAUCCAGAAAAUAGUGAGCGGCGUGACGGGAGCUUUACAGGGGCGGCGCAGUUGGGUGAGCGUGGUUGGCGAUGUGCUUGGCGGCGAUUUAUUGGGGCAACUGGGACCGUUGGCGGGAGCUCUUCAAGCUGCUGGUGGCAGUGGAGGAGGUGGCGAUGGAGAAGGAGGACGAAGAGGAGGAGGAGGAGGAGACGACGACGAUGAGGAUGGAGAUAGGAGACAUAAGAGGAGGAGAUGAUGGGACUUGGAACGAUUCGAUGACGAUUUGACGAUGACGACUUUUUGACGACGAUAUAUUUCUCUCUUGCCUCUCUUUUCUCUUUUUCUCCUUUUGACGUUAAUGCUAUGAUUUAUGUUUUCCGUUUGUUUCACGAUUGAUGAAUUUUUAUGCUUGCUUUAAUGAUGAUGUUUGGGUUAUAAGAAAUGUAUGGCUAAAGCUGUUUUUGUAUGCUGUUUGUUUAAUGAGAUAUAGAAAAGAAGCGAGUGCUCUGCAGCUUUUUUCUUUUACAAUAAUUUAUUAAUAGUGUGUGACUGGUUUUAUAGAUUUCCACUGUCUUGUUUGUGUGAUGUGAUGGAG